AUGUCAAUAUGGCUGAAUCAAUCAUCUACAGAUGACUUCAUCCUCUUGGGCAUCUUCUCCCAUAGCCAGGCUGACCUUGUCCUCUUCUCAGCGGUCAUGGUAGUCUUCACAGUCGCCGUCUGUGGGAAUGUCCUCCUCAUCUUUCUCAUCUACACUGAUUCUCGACUUCACACCCCCAUGUACUUCUUCCUCAGUCAGCUCUCCUUCAUGGACCUCACAUUGGUCUGUAACAUUAUACCCAAGAUGGCCACCAACUUCCUGACAGGCAGGAAGUCCAUCUCCUUUGUGGGCUGUGGCAUCCAAAAUGGCUUUUAUGUGUCUCUGGUGGGGUCUGAAGGACUCCUGCUGGGACUCAUGGCUUAUGAUCGCUAUGUGGCCAUCAGCCACCCGCUUCACUACCCCAUCCUCAUGAGCCACAAGGUCUGCCUCCAGAUUGCUGGGAGCUCCUGGGCCUUCGGGGUUGUCGAUGGAAUGGUCCAAAUGGUGGUGGUCAUGACCUUUCCCUACUGUGGCCUGAGGGACGUGGACCACUUUUUCUGUGAGUCGCUGUCCUUAUUGAAGCUGGUCUGUAUCGAUACUUCGAUUUUCGAGAACGUGAUAUUUGCUUGCUGUGUCUUAAUGCUUUUUAUUCCUUUCUCCAUCAUUGUGACCUCCUACAUAGGCAUCCUAAAGGCAGUGCUCCGUAUGCGCUCGGCCCAGGCCGGUAAAAAAGCUCUGGCCACCUGUUCCUCCCACCUCACAGCUGUCUUCCUCUUCUAUGGGGCCGCCAUGUACAUCUACCUGAGGCCUAGGCGCUACCAUGCCCCACGCCCUGACAAAGUGGUGUCUCUCUUCUACACGGUCCUCACCCCGAUGCUCAACCCCCUCAUUUACAGCCUGAGGAACAGGGAGGUAAUGGGGGCCCUGAGGAAGGGGCUAGAACGUUGCAAAAUUGGCCAUCAAUAUUGA